GCGGCGCUGCGCUGCGCUGCGCUGACUGGGCUGGGCCGGGCAGCGGCGGCGACGGAGAGGGUUUCCGAGGCCACUGAGCCGCUGACGGGGUGGCCAGUCCGUUGCUGUGCCCUCUAGCAGCCUCUUAGCGCGGCCCGGCAUUCCCUGGGCGGCAUCUGGCCGCGGCGCUCAGCCUGUUAGCGAGCUACGGUGGGCACACCCCGGCUUGGCGGCGGACAGGUUAGAGUGGGGGAAGGGGCAGGCGCGGGAGCAGCCCUGGGCCACAGAGGGAGCCCAAAGCCAGGCCGUCUCCAGCCAUGUCCGACGAGACGUCGGCCACCACUUCAUACGAGAAGUUUCUAACCCCCGAGGAGCCCUUCCCGCUUCUGGGACCCCCUCGCGGAGUGGGCACCUGCCCGAGCGAGGAGCCAGGCUGCCUGGACAUCAGCGACUUCGGCUGCCAGCUUUCCUCUUGUCAUCGCACGGAUCCACUCCACCGCUUCCACACCAACAGGUGGAAUUUAACUUCUUGUGGAACAAGUGUUGCCAGCUCAGAAUGCAGUGAGGAGCUAUUUUCAUCAGUUUCUGUUGGAGAUCAAGAUGAUUGCUAUUCUCUGUUAGAUGAUCAAGACUUCACUUCUUUUGAUUUAUUCCCUGAGGGGAGUGUCUGCAGUGAUGUCUCUUCUUCUAUUAGCACAUACUGGGAUUGGUCAGAUAGUGAAUUUGAAUGGCAGUUACCAGGCAGUGACAUUGCCAGUGGGAGUGAUGUACUUUCUGAUGUCAUACCCAGUAUUCCGAGUUCACCUUGCCUGCUUCCUAAAAAGAAAAAUAAGCACCGGAAUUUAGAUGAACUUCCUUGGAGUGCAAUGACAAACGAUGAGCAGGUGGAAUAUAUUGAGUAUCUGAGUCGUAAAGUCAGUACAGAGAUGGGUCUUCGGGAGCAACUUGAUAUUAUAAAAAUAAUUGAUCCUUCUGCUCAAAUUUCCCCUACAGACAGUGAGUUUAUUAUUGAACUUAACUGUCUCACAGAUGAAAAACUUAAGCAGGUCAGAAACUAUAUCAAGGAGCAUAGCCCUCGCCAACGGCCUGCAAGAGAGGCCUGGAAGAGAAGCAACUUUAGUUGUGCAAGCACCAGUGGAGUGAGCGGGGCCAGUGCCAGUGCCAGCAGCAGCAGUGCCAGCAUGGUCAGUUCUGCAAGCAGCAGUGGGUCCAGUGUUGGAAACUCUGCUUCAAACUCCAGUGCCAACAUGAGUCGAGCACACAGUGACAGCAACUUGUCUGCAAGUGCAGCAGAGCGGAUUCGGGAUUCAAAAAAGCGAUCCAAGCAGCGGAAGUUACAGCAGAAGGCUUUACGCAAGAGGCAGCUGAAAGAGCAGAGGCAGGCUCGGAAGGAGAGGCUCAGUGGGCUCUUCCUUAAUGAAGAAGUGCUGUCCUUGAAAGUGACUGAGGAAGACCACGAAGCAGAUGUAGAUGUUUUGAUGUAAUAAGGGUGAAUUUAUCAACGGUCUUUCUAAGUAUUUAAGUAUUCUACCCUUUUAUUUGUUUACAUGCAUCUUGACCAAACUUUUGGUUAGGGCUGUGCUGAUGUAUUAUUAAUAAUUUAGGCCAGUGGUUCUCAGCAGGUGGUCCCCGGAGCAGCAGCUUCAGCAUCACCUGAGAAGUUGUUAGAAAUGCAUACUACCAGGCCCCAUUUCAGAUGCAGUGAAUCAGAAACCAUGGGGAAGGGGCGCCCAGCAUUUUGUUUUAACAAGCACCAGGUUAUUCUGCUGCACCUAGCUCUCAUUUAAAGAACCACUAAUUUAGUAAAUGUCUUGACUAUUUAGACUUUAGGGUGGUUUAAGUGGGCUUUUUCAAGAACUAGUACUUUUACAGUUUAGGAAAUUUCAAGGUACUGCUGGCAAGUAGUUUAUUAUGUCAGUAUAGGCACAUACCUAGUGAUCAUAAUUCAGUUUCUUUUUUAAUGUUACAGUUCCUUUGUUUGCUUUUUCUAAAGGGCCAUAGUAUAAUUCUCAAUUCCUAGUGAAAAUCUUUUUUUGAGGUUAUGGGGAUCGGGUGUGGAUUGCUGUUUACAAUAGUGCCUUCAUUAGGUUUAGUUGUGUUUUCAUUUGUUAUUAACUUAAAGGUUUAAUAACAGGCCCUAAUGUCUUUUCUGUUAGGUUUGUUUGUUUUUCACUUUAUGUAAAUUUAGAAUCCUAUUGUAAGUGAUGACUACUGAGGAAAUAAUGUUACUAGUAGUUGAACUUUAGACUUGAUGCUAUAUUGAUUAAUAUUCAAAUGGAGAAAGCAAAUAAAACCUAUUCUGCUUUUCUGCUGCUUUUUGAAAUUUUAGGCUGUGAAGCUGUCUCAAAGGCAGAAGCUAUGUCUUUUCUUUUUGUAGGUCAUUUUUUCCCCAGCACAGCUCUAAUUUUUAAAUAUUUGGUAUAACAGCUUCUGGCAUGUGAACAGGUUAAUGUUCAAAGUUAACUAAAGAAAAUCCUUACAGUUCUCCUGAACUUCUCUAUAAAUCAUUUAGAAAUACACAGAGCAGUGAGAUAUAGAAAAGAAACUGUAGCUUGUUGGUUAUUAAUAGAAGUCUAAUUUUAGAUGUGAAAUCAUGGAGUUUCUUUAAAUGUUUUCAUGGAGAGUUUGUUAUCAUGAAUAUUAGAAGUAGUGUGAUUCCUUUUCUUCUGCCACAUGUUAAGUGUCUUUAAACAUUCACAUGGGUUAAAGAAGAUGGAAACUGAUACUACUGACAAUCAAGCUCCUUUCUGACUUCCAUGAUUUUCUUUUUAUUGUGGAUAACUUGGGGAGGUAAUCAUGAGUCUGUAGCAGGAGUUGUAAUCAAUAUUUUUUUAAACUCUAGAGUCAAAGGUUGAUAGGAUUUUUACUUUUUUUAACUUUAUCACAUCAAGGGACUCAUUAAGAAAGAGGUGAAUUUAAAUUCUUAAUUCUCAGUUGAUAUAAAGACUUAAGCUUUGCUUAUAAUCAUGUGUUUUGAAAACUUGAUUUUACUUUAGUUCUUGAAGGUUAAAGAAUUGAAACUGAGGAUGAAAACUGAAUGAAUUGCAGCUUUGCUGAGGUCUGUGGUAUGGUAGAUUUUGAAGAGUACUAAACUCGUGCUUUAAAAUUUUACUAAAAUGAAAUUAUGUGUAUAUGGAGUGCUCCCUCUGAAUUUCGACUUACCCCUUCUUUGAUGCUCCUGACCAGCCUUAGAGGGCCCAAAGGGAGCUUGAGGUCAGACCCCAGAAUACUUUGAGGAGGGUGGAAAAGGGUCAACCUUGUGUUUUUCCCUUUCAAGUAUAGGAGGAGUAAAAGAGAAGAGCAAAUACAGCUGAAUUUUCUGUCUGCUCUUAGCAAAAGCAAAAUCUCAGAGAAUGACUUGUCUGUUCUCUUUACCUACUCUUCCAGGAAAACGGGCCACUUUUGGAGACCAUAGAGCAGCAUUUAUCUGUUAAAUACUUGGAAACAAUUGGAAGUAACCAGUAAAAGAAAAUCCUAACAGGGUCAUGAUAUAAUAAGACCAAUUUUUCCACUCCCAGCAAUCACAUAGUCUUAUUACCUUAGAUUUAACUUGUCACUAUUAAACAAGUUUACCAAAGCACCACAAAGCCAAUUUUAAAAGUUUACAAAGAUUAGAGUGUUUAUAGUAAAGUAUGCCAUGAAAUUUUAUGUAAAUCUGGAUACACUGUCUUUACAGUACUAUAAAUUAGAGAUUGCCCAUAAAGUUGGUUUAGAGGAAAUUGAAAGUAAUUCCUCUGAUUAAAAGAAAAAAAGAUAAAAACAACUUGGGUUUGCUUAUGAUGUGGAAGAGGAAGAUUACAAAGUCUUUUGCCAUCUCUUUCCCUAUUAAAAAAAAUAGCAGUAAAAGACAAAGUUCUCUUGUUUUUGUUAAUGUGCUAUUGCUGUGUUUUUUCUGUUUUAAUAUUUCAUGUAGAUAAUUCAAGUUGGAAUUCUUUCUUUCUUGGAAUAAGUAGUAAUUUAUUCAGUCUGGUAUAUCUCUGAGUUUAAGACCAAUCCAACUCAGUAUUUUUUUCUUUUAAAAUAUAAAUCUAAACUAAUCAAUUAAUAAAAAUGUGAGCCUUAUUUGCUCUAGUGUCAGUUGUCAUCUGUAGAGAAUUGACACUGGAGCAAAUAAGUUUCCCCACCCCUUUAAACAUAGCCUUUAUUAACUUAGGGCAUGAUAAAGUUCCCUCAAAUUUUUCAAACAACAUUUUAUUAGUUUUUUUAGAUUUUGUUUAUUUGCUUAACAGAGAAAGACACAGGGAGAGAGGGAACACAAGCAGGGGAAGUGGGAGAGGAAGAAGCAGGCUUUCUGCCAAGCAGGGAUCCUAAUGCGAGGCUCAAUCCCAGGACCCUGGGAUGAUGACCUGAGCCAAAGGCAGCCGCUUAACUACUGAGCCACCCAGGUGUCCCUAUUAGAGAUCUUAUAUGUAAAUUUAAUUAUAUCUCAGUAAAACUAGAAAAAAGGAGCUUUUAGAAGUCAGUGCCUAUCACAAGUAUGAACUUUGAGUUAAACAAAAUGACAUGUCUUUUUCUACAGUUUUGCAACUGAAUUAAAGUAAGGCAGUGUAGUAUAAUAUUUAGUAGGCUAUAAAGGGCUAAAUCAUUCUGCCCUAACAAGAAUGUAGAAAAGAAUAACACUUUUUUUUUUUUCACGAGAGAGAUUUGUUUCAUUUUUUCUUAGGCUGGGGCAGUUGUGUCCAUUUCCUUAGCCCUUUGGGUUAACUAUAGAUAAAUAGUGCCGAAUUAAUCCCAGAAACUGACUUGUAAUUUAAUGACUUUAUGAAUUGGAUGGACAUCUCCUUAUCUCCUUUUAAUUAGCUCUUAAAAGUCCUAAUUCCCUCUUAAAGGAGAAAUUCCUAGAAACUACUGUAUAAAGGUAUCCAGAUUCUGAUGAGCUUUAAAAAUUGUGAAAUUUAUCAGAUAGCUUCAUAUUUAAGCCAAAAAUGUUAGUACAUGACAAGUAUAGAAGUCUUAGUUCCAGAUUCUUUAGCCUCUUGUGCCUUAAAGGUGAACUCUGUACUUUUUCUCAAUAUCAGGCUUUUCAAACUCGAAAAUGAUCUUAAUAUUAUAAUUUGUUUUAUAAAAUACCCAUGCUGUUGGAUAUCAGUAAGCAAAAACAGUAAAUUGAACCAAUCAGUAGUAAUAGUGUUUAACAAAACAAUGAUCUUUCUGAUCUUAAGUUUCAUUACAUAACUUUAUUUUUGGCCCAGCUAGGUCAUUGAAGAAUACUGAAAGUUAUCUAAAGCAGAGCUUAAGGUAUUUUCUCAUUUUUUCCCCCUAAAAAUGGUCAUAAGCCAGAAUACUUUUUUAAAGCUAGGUAAUUCUUAGUAUCUGGAAAGAUAAUUUUCAAGACAAAAGUACUUCAAGAACAGAGAUUAUAUAGCAGCUUGAUUUUCUUGUUAUAACUUAGGGGAUUCUUUGCAUUCUUUUGUGUAAUAGCUGGAUCACUCCCCUCCCCUUUAACAAAUUACCUUUUAGCUCUUUUAUCUUCAAGAAAUGUUUGCCUUGAUUUGGGAGGGAAUUAUUUAAAGUCAGUUUAUAGUUUGAUACAGUUGAUAGGAAAAUUCCCAGUUGUAUUCAAAUAUGGUAUUGAUAUUGAGCACACUGACAUUCAACAUGUCUAAACUUAAAGGUAAAUCUAAUCCUUAAAAGGACUAUUAGAAAAUAAGUAUUUGUAUACACAUGUAUUGUGGUAACUUUGGAUUCAUUUUAAGUCUGACAAAGUAAGAUAUAUUCUAUCUUUACAAUGAAAUUAUGCUAAGUGGGUAAGAAACAUCUGAGAGACAUUUAGACCUAGGCAUCGCUGUCAGCAUAGUAUCUUGGAACAUAGCUCCUUAGAAUUCUAGCUUAAUUCUCUUUUCUUUGGAAAAUAGUUUACUUAUUCCAAAGGCUUAGAAGGAACUCUGAAAAUUACUCUAAUUUACUAUCUAUUAAUAGAGUGCAAAAGUUGCAUGCUAUAGCUACAGAUCUGAGUUGAUUCACUAAAAUCUUAUUUUCAUAUUUUUUUCUAAUACUAAAAUUAUUUUAAGCCCCUUCAGAAUUUUAUUUUAAAUUGAAAUUACUCGUGUUUUAACAUAGACCACAUGAUGGUAAGUUAAUUUUUAAUUUGACAUUCAUACUAAACUCGGAAAAACUGGUUUAGUCUUCUCUGAUUUCAGUAUAUAGUAUUUUUUCUUUAUUGUCAAGUUUGUUACAUCUGUGUGGUCAGUGGAGCCUGUGGAAAUCUGUGUUCUUUUUUUGUGGUGAGGGCUAGGGGUAGAAAAGAGGAGAGUUGCUCUAAUUAUACAUAUGCAUUUUGACUAUAUAAAGGUAGUUGUAGAAUUAAUAUGUAUAAAUGACAAGUUAACACUUACUCUGACUUGUUCUAAGGAACAGUGGCCUGAUGCCAUGGCUUGUUUUCUGGAGCUGCUUGCUCUUCAAUAGUAGCUGACCAGUUGGAUUUAAGUUUGGACUUUGAAGUUAGGUUGUCUAGCUGAGGCUUUUAGGAAUGGGUCAGACUAUGUCUGUUCCUGUAGUGGAUCAAUUUAAUUUCCUCUUUGAGUACUCUAAUUUAGGUAUAGUUAUUAUCCAUUCUAAAUCUUUGUGUUGGGAGUUUAAAAGGACUAGGAAUACUGUCAAAAGCUAUUAAAGAUACACACAAGUAGAUGUAAAACAUUUCAUUUCAUGGCUGGUUAAAAAUUUCACUUCUUUUUGUUUCAGAGGUUAGUUAUGUAGCAUCAGUAUCAUAACCAAAGCAAGUAGGAAGUUGACUGGUUUGGAGAAUCUUCAAGUAGUCUUAAAUACUGUAAUGUAUCAGAUUGCUAACCAGGAUUUUUUUCCUGUGUUUCUGCUAAAUGUAUUACUAUAUUAAUGCACUUUUGUAUAUAUAACUGUCUUCUGUACAUUCUGUACUUACUAUAGUGUAUAUAAAAGCUGUUUUUCCUGAAAGCUGUAAGGGAAAGACAAUAGCUGUAACACAAGUCAUUUCUAUUUUGAGUUCCUUCUUGUACUUGAAAGUAGUAGUUCUGUAGUUAAAUCUAAAUGUGUAUGUAUGGUUGUAAUUAAAACUGGCAAUGUGGCAGAGCUGUCUUUUGAAGCUGAAUAUCAGACUGGACAGUGUUGUUUUGGGUAUUAAAAUCUCUUGUAAUAUUUUAAUUGUUUCUUUUGAUGUAUGGUGAGUUUUUACAAACCACACUGCUGCUUACUACUUUAUACUUAAGAAUUCACUCCUUUACACGUUCUAUCCCAGAACAUUUAUCAACAGAGAAGAAUUAGGUAUCCUCUCUUUUGCUCACAGUUUGGAAAAGGCUUCAUAAACUUUUGUUUUGUUGAAAGCCACCAUUUCCCAAAUGUCAUUGGCAAAUCAUUUUUUCUGUAGAGAUCAGAUUUCUAGAGAGAUUAGCAUUCAUAGCAAGUGAAAAUUAGGUGUAACUUUUGUUUACAAAAAAUCAUACCUAUUUUCCUUAUAUAUUAAUUUAGAGUCUUUUUAGGUUAUAAUUAUAUAAAAGAAAUGUCUGUGAGCAGUUUUAUAGUUUCAGAAGCAACUCAACUUUCAACAACUUUAUCUCUUGCCACUAGAGGGAGGUCUGUGGUUGCUCUCCUUCUGAAAAUGUCUGCUGCUUUUGUUUUUAAUUUCAGAGGUUGAAAUGAACCUCAUUUUCAAAAUUCCUUUUGUGAUAUUAAAUACUUUCAUUGAUUAGUGGAAGGUAAGUUAAUUGAGCUUGUUUAAUAAAGCAAAUCUUAUUCAUGCUUUUCUGUAAUCUUCAAUUUUUAAUAAAUGUGAGUUAGCUAUUAA